AUGGAGCCGUCCGGAAAGAAUACCAGCUGCCCAGACGGUGCCGUCUCGACCGAACUUCCGGCGCAGUCAUCACGGUCUGCUUCACGGUCUGGUAGAGUCGCAUCAGUCUCCUUCCGGGACGAGAAGCCUGGCAAUUCUGGACAACAGUGUGGUGUGUACGCAGCCACCAAACAGCCUGGAAAGCAAGCAACUGGGAAUUCGUUCCUUCACAUGGGUAUUGGGUCGUUAAUCGCUCUCAAGCGGGCAAAAAAAGAAAUCUCAAGUCACAUCAAGGGUGACCGACAUUCCCGGGUGCUUUGCUUUACCCCGCAAACCGAGCUCUGCGAGCCUACGCAAGCAAUGGCGCCGCAAGACACCGUCACAGUCCAGCUCUCGGCAGGACCUAUCCUCGCCAACGUCGAGGACGGCCUGAUCCGUGCUCGCGGCAUCCCGUACGCACAGGCCGAACGGUUCCAGCCACCGCAACCGGCAUCGGGAUGGACCACGCCCAGAGACUGCACCCGCCCGGCGACGCUGUGCCCUCAGCUCCCGUCCCGGCUCGAGUCCGUCCUGGGACCCGUCACCCGGGGACGCGAGCACGCCGAGGACUGCCUGCACGUCACGGUCACCGCGCCGAGGGACGCCAAGGACCUGCCCGUCCUCGUGUGGCUGCACGGCGGCGCGUUCAUCUCCGGCGGCGGAGACCUCGACUGCUACCAGCCGCUCGACCUAGCCAGGAGGGGCAUCGUCUGCGUCAACGUCUCGUACCGCCUGGGCGUCUUCGGCUACCUCAUGAUACCCGGCAUCGCCCCGGCUAACCUGGGCCUGCUCGACCAGAGAGCGGCGCUGGAGUGGGUACAGGCCGACAUCGCCGCCUUCGGCGGGGACCCGGGCCGCGUCACCGCGGCGGGCCAGUCUGCCGGCGCCGACUCCAUCAUAUGCCUCCUCGCGUCCGAGGGCACCGAGGGCCUGCUCCACCGCGCCAUCCUCAUGAGCCCCCCGCUGCGCGAGAUCUGCGAGCGCGCGCCCACCGCGGCGCUCCUCUCGGCCCGGGCCCAGUCCCUCCUGACCAGCGACCCGCGGCAGAUGUCGGCCGCGGAGCUCCUCGCCGUCCAGAAGAAGCUCCUGCUCGACCCCGUGCGCGACCAGGUCAUGCUCUUCGCCCCGGCGCUGGGCCACCACCCUUUACCCGACGAGGAAGGGUAUCACGCCCGGCUGGCGGGGCGGCUGCGGCGCACGCCCGUCGUCAUCGGCUGCACGGCGCACGACGGCCGGCCGUUCGCGCGCAUGAUGGGGCCCCUGCGGGCCUCGUUCGCGCUGCCGCUCGUCGGCGCGCGCCUCGAGGCCCUGGGCACGUGGUUCGUCACGCGCAGCUACUUCGCCUGGCCGUCGCGGCGCUUCCACGAGGCGGCCCUGCGGCAGGCCGGCGGGCGGUCGAGCAUGUACGAGUUCCGGUGGCGGCCGCGCGGCAGCGCGCUCGGCGCGAGUCACUGCGUCGACAUCCCGUUUGUGCUCGGCGACUGGGCGAGCUGGCGGGAGGCGCCUAUGCUGCGCGGCCAGGGCGAGGACGGCGGCGGAUCGGAGGGUGAGGUGCGGCGGCUGGGCGGGCAGCUCAAGGAUCUGUGGGUUGCGUUUGUGAAGGGGGGUUGUCUCAGGAGCGAGGACUUUGUCAUUGAUGAGGGGUUUGUAUUUUCGGAAGAGGACGAUCUGGCGUAG